AUGGGCCUCUCGGCUCUACGACUAGACACUCCUUCGCCUCCGCCUGGCACCCUCACCGCAUCAUCCUCGACUUCAACCUUGUCCGCAGCUGCUGCGCCCAACAAUUUACAUGGCAUCGUCUUCAUGGAGAUCACAUCUGCCUCGAACCUGCCGAGGACGCGCAAUGUCACACGAACUGGCUUUGAUAUGGAUCCCUUUGUAGUUAUUUCAUUCGGAAAGUACAUUUUCAGGACGCGUGUCAUCCGGCACAACUUGAACCCAACUUGGCGGGCCAAAUUGAUGUUCAGGGUUCACCAUGGUGAAGAGACCUUCAAGAUCAAAUACUCAAUCCAUGACUGGGAUAAGCUGAGCGGAAACGACUAUGUUGGCAUGGCCUCCAUGGAUGUCGAUACUUUGAUCAAUGCAUCCAAGGGACAAGACACUGAACGACCGUCUUCACCGAUACCGGGCGUAGAGGAUGAGAAGGACAUUCCGGACCUGGACAUGAAGGACUAUACUCUUAAGAUUGCAAUCGCAAGUAACAUCAAACCUCCAGCGGACGAUACAUCGUUAAAAGUGCGCGCUAAAUUUGUGACAUACACCAAUCUAAGGCGGCGAUUUUGGCUCGGGCUUACAAAGGCCUUCGAUGCUGACCCGCGCCGAGAUCUCUACAGCAAGGUUCUCAUCCAGGCCAUGCUAGAGGGGUUGGGAUCGAAUCUCUCAAGCAAGACCGUCGACAGCUUCUUUGCUCCAUAUUACAAGGACCCGGAGCAAGACGAGCUCACAUUUGACGAACUCUUUGAAAGGCUGGAGAGGCAGGUCCGACUGGAUGAUAGCGUUCCGAGCAAACGACGAAAACGUAGGAUUCGAAAAUUCUGGGCCAGGAAGUCAAAGGCUGCAGCUUUUCAGGAUAUGGAUGGGAAGGAUUCGACAUAUGGCAAAGAGUCGACGGACGGAAAAGAUUCGACAGAUGGAAAGGAGGUGACAGAGGAUUCCUUAGAGGAUGAGGACGAAGAGGAGGACAAUGAGCUGUUCUUGCAUCUUACACGCAACGAGAUCCCAGCAGGAUCUAUACCUCAAGCCAUGGAAAUGGUCGAGCCCACCGAGGCAGACUUUGAUCCUCAGAGCUCUGAGGAUGAGUAUGUGAUCCGUAUUGAUGCCUGCCCUAUCUGCCGCGAUCCAAGUUUGGGCUCGAAGCUGGAAACGGACGUUAUCACGCACAUUGCUGUCUGCUCUGGCAAUGAUGGAUUCAAUCUUGAUAAACUGAUCCUGGGCAACUUUGUGACUGAGGCCAAUGCACAGCGGAAAUGGAUCACCAAGGUCGUCAACACUCUCGGCUACGGACGCUAUGUGAUCGGCAAGAAUAAUGCAAAUAUCAUUGUUCAAGAUCGAGCGACAGGUACGAUGUUGGAGGAAAAGAUGCCGACGUUUAUUCGCCUGGGUAUCCGGUUGCUCUACAGGAGUCCCGCCCAAAAGAUUCGCGUAGGCAAGAUCAUGACGAACAUGACCAGGAAGCAGGGACUCAAGUUUGAUGACCCAAGAUCCAAACGGAGCAUCGAGCCGUUUAUUCGAUUCCACAAUCUCGAGGCACAUAUGGAGGAGGUCUUAGAGCCGGUCAAUAGCUUUAAGACGUUCAACGAAUUCUUUUACAGAAGACUGAAAGCGGAUGCCAGGACACUAGCCUCACCAGGAGAUGAUCGCGUGGCUGUGAGUGUGGCCGACUGCCGUAUGACAUGUUUCCAGACGAUCUCUGAUGCACAAAAGUUCUGGAUCAAGGGCCGGCAAUUCACAGUGGCCAAGCUGUUGGAUGACGAGAAGUUGGCCAAGAAGUACGAUGGUGGAAGCUUAGCCAUCUUCCGCUUAGCACCGCAAGACUACCACAGGUACCACGUCCCUGUUCGUGGCGUCAUAUCGGAGUCAAGAUUAAUUGCGGGAGAGUACUUCACUGUCAAUCCAAUGUCGAUCCGGAGUCAUUUGGAUGUGUAUGGCGAGAACAAGCGCGUGAUAUCGACGAUCGAGUCAAAAGAGUUUGGCACGGUUGCGUACUGUUCUAUAGGAGCAAUGAUGGUGGGAUCGAUUGUGCUAACGAGCAAGCCAGGGCAGGAGGUGGAACGAAUGGAGGAGCACGGGUACUUUGCGUUCGGAGGAUCAACGAUCGUAAUCCUGUUUGAACCGAACUCAAUUCAAUUUGACGAGGAUUUGUUACGGUCGUCAAAGGAACAGAUUGAGAUGCUGGUGCGCGUCGGUAUGCGCGUUGGUGUGUCGACCAGGCAGUAG